CUUGGAACGAAAACUUGCCCAGCCAUCCUGCGCGAUACUGAUUCAACCACCACGCAGCCAUCACAAUUCCAUGUCUAUACUACGUACUCUUCCCACUCGUACACAUGUCUCAGAUGCCUCUCGCAAGACCCUAUAGCUGCUUUUGUCCCGCCGACCUCGAUUGACAUCUUCUCAAGCGGGCCUCCAUACAACUUCGAUCAGGAUGUCACUGUUGCAGGGGUCUCGACCGAUCCAGAGAUCUGGGCCAUGGAUCCCCUAUUGCGGCUGAGCGACUGGUGCCAGAUUCUGAAAAGUCCCCCCGUUCGUGGCCCAAGAGCCCGGUCUAGAACUGUGGCGUUCGGCUAUUGCUUGACUGGCGCUCGUUGACUACGAGCCGGUGCAAGGGAGUGAGGGUCUGGACAGGAUGGAAGAACAGAUAAAUCUCAGCCUCACUCCUAAACUCAGAUUGACAGUACCUCCUCGAACCGUCAUAUCAUCGCUUGUGCCGUUCGGUGUGCGGUCCAGCUCGGACUCGAUCAUGUCCAGAGUUACGUACUGGAUCGUUCCGCUGCAAGCCUCGGACCGUCGCCCCGUCUUAUAAUCUCAUCAUACUUCUCGCCCUCUUGAGGGACGAUGUUGCCGGGCGGUUGGACAAGAGGUGCGUUGCUCUUCGGCAUCUUCUGCACCGUUGUCCUGGCCGUCAAUCUCGGGGUCUUGAUUUGGGCAGCAAAAUUUCGAAACGACCUGACAGACGAUGGCACCGUCGUCCUCCGCAAAGGCACUGACAACGACCAAUGUACCAACAUCCAACAACUGAACAAGUGGGCGCAUCUGGUGAUCAACUUGCUAAGCACGAUCUUGCUGAAUGGGAGCAACUAUUGCAUGCAGUGCCUGUCGGCUCCCACAAGAUCAGACGUCGAUUCUGCACAUCGCGCGGGAAGGUGGCUCGACAUUGGCGUCCUGAGCAUCCGCAAUCUCAGAUGGAUCUCGCGAAGAAGACUGUUCCUGUGGUUGCUACUCGGCUUAUCGUCACUGUCUUUACAUCUCUUCUACAACUCCGCCGUCUUCGUAUCCACCUCCUCGAACAACUAUGCCGUCUUCUCUGUCGACCGCGCCUUCCUUGAAUCCAACCAGACCAGCAGUUUUGACUACGUCGACGUGUCCUAUAUCCUACGUAGUGGCAUCCGGCCCGCCGGAGUCGAGGACGAACCCUCGGAGACCAUCCCUGAAAUUGCCAGCCAGCUACGUGACGAAGCCAACUCUAACAAACUCGUCAACCUGACCACAGAGCAAUGUAGGACGGAAUACAUUAAGACGUUUCAAUCAGAUCAUCGCAACGUUCUUCUUGUCUCCGAUUCCAACGUCGGUGCCGAUGUCGUCGACACUGCCACCCGAGUGGUGAGCUUUCUCCGCGCGGAAUUCGUCUCGGAUUUCACCUGUGGAGGAACCCAGGCCUUUGCCUGGACUUGUUCUAUGGACGGAACAGCUCUUGGGCCUCAGGAUUCGUGCGACCUACCUUGCGACGACCCGCAGAUCCUCAAGCAGACGCUGUCCAACUCCACCUGGGCUCCCUUGGGACCACCGGUACAGUAUUGUCUUGCGCAACCGACACAGGAACAGUGUAGUCUACGGUUCAGCAUGGAUAUUGCGAUUUUGGUGGUGGUUCUGAAUUUUGUCAAAUUGAUCAUGAUGGGUUUGACCGCGCUGACUGCGUUCAAGAGAAGCGAUCCUCCCCUUCUAACCAUGGGCGACGCUGUUGCCAGCUUCUUGGAGAACCCAGACAGUGUCUCCAAGGGAAUGUCUCUACUCAGUGCUUCAAAGAUCAAGAAGCUAGGAAGGGCCUUGUUGCAUGAUCAAGCAAGCCAGCGAACCACACUGUAUCCCGGAAAAGCGCGUCAACGCUGGUCAAAAGCCGUCAGCGUGCGUCGAUGGGCGAUAUGUUUGCUUCUUUACAUUGGAGGUUUAACCGCUGCCGCGGUGUUUCUCGGCCGUGGCAUCACAGCAAUAGUCGGGUCGAGGUCCCUCUCCUCAUUAUGGUCGAUCGGACUUGGCACCCCGUCAGGGCGCACCCUGAUGCAAAACGACGCCGUGGAGCAAUCCGGCAAGACCGCGCUCAUGGCCAGCGUCGUCCUCGCCAACAUCCCCCAACUGAUCCUCUCACUCUUAUACUUCACCUACAACGGCAUGUUCACAUGCAUGCUGCUCGCCAGCGAAUGGAACUCGUACUCCGUCCGCCGCAAGGGUCUACGCAUCUCCUCCUCGCAACGCGAGGGCGUACAGCGAUCUGGAUAUUACCUCCAACUUCCCUUCCGCUUCAGCGUUCCACUGACCAUGGCUAGUCUACUGCUCCAUUGGCUGGCUUCACAGAGUAUCUUUGUCGUCAACGUCUCGAUGCUGGAUUACACGGGUGCUCCGAUUGCGUCGCUGCCCGGUACCGUCGGCCACCUCGUGACUUGUGGGUACUCGCCCAUUGCGAUUAUCUUUACGAUUUCCCUGGGCGUGCUUCUGAUAGGGGUGUUGCUGGGGUUUGGAUUCGGGGCGAGAUUCCGCACGGGCAUGCCGAUCGCUGGGAGUUGCAGCCUGGCCAUGGCGGCGGCCUGUCAUUCUCGUGAUGGUGACUCUGCUGUUGCGGAGGUGCAUGAUGGAGGGAAAAUGCCAACAUCGGCGUCCACGCCGGUGCCGAUAUCACAGCAACCGCUCAGGUGGGGAGAAAUACCCGGUUAUUAUCGUCGCAACGACGUGUCAAGCACACGGCCGUCUCUGAUGAAUGGGGAGAAGUCUACACCCACGCCUGUGGUGAGGAGCCUUAGCGACGGUGCACCUUCGGAUUCGGACUCGGAUUCGGAUUCAAAUGUGGAUGCGUCGCUCCUGCCCAGAAGUCAAACCCGGCCGACCGCCAUCGAGCAGGGCAUCACCGAGACUGCCACGUCCGGACAGAGACUCGGUUCCAGACGCAGUUCAACCACGAUGCCCGAGCCGGCGGUGGAGAGUGAUGUUACAAAUGCCAACGAGGACGACAAUGACAAUACCGCAGAUGAUGAAGACGGGGAUGGAACCCGUGGUGCGGGAGCAUCCUUACUACAACCAUUGGAUCCACGACGCCGUGAUGAUAGCGGCCGUAGCGGAGAUGGCGAGCAAGACGACGACGCAACGCGUCCACCUACGGACGCUGGUUCUUUGGAGAACGCGGAUCAGAGCAGCGCCCGUCGAUAUGAAUUGGCCUCGCCCCGCAGUGGCCUGGGACAUUGCGGCUUCUCCGCCAGCGAGGUGACGGACCCGGUCGAAGGGCGGGCUUAUGCUUGAACUCGCAAGAAAGAAAACCGCGUGAUAAAAGGAGAUGGUGAGGGAAACCAGGAAAGGCAACGAAGGGGAAGAAGGGAAGUGGGCCUCCAGUCAAGCAGAGCACUAGAACUAAAGUAACAUGCGUCCAUCCAUAUCCCUCAAUAGCUCUCUAGCUUGGCUAUAUAAGUAAACUCUGGGUAACCAGCCGUC